AACACAGCAGUGCUUAGGGCUGUUCGAUAUAACGAUAUAUAUCGGAUGACGAUAUAAAAACGUCUAUCGUUUCAUUUUAUGCUAUCGUUUGUUUCGUGGUGUCGCAAAAUAAACUGUUUAAGGCAAUAUUUUUACAUCGUUUUGAUGGUUACUGUAGUGGCUAUAUUAAUUUCUUAAAGUUCUCUGUCUUUUCAUGGAUGCCUGGAUGUUAAACUUAAUUGUUACACCUGGUAAAGCAGCAACACUGAUCAUUUUAUUAAAGAUGAAAGAAUUUAGACAGUUUUUUAGUCUGUGUUCGUUUGACUUUGGGACCUGAAGUGGACAGAGUUUUGGACCCAGAUUACUCUGCGAAGCUCCUCACUACGGCAGCCAUAAUGCUCUGACAAUCCAUCAAGCAGUGCGGCUUACCAAAGUUGUACUAAAACAUUUGUUAACAGAUUUCUGCACGCCCAAAUCGGUUAAAGGUCAGUAAGCACAACCAGAAUUCAUACAUAAGGCACACUCUCGAUUUUUAAGAAAAUUAAAGGAUUUUAAGUGUGCCUUAUAGUGUGGAAAAUACGUUAUACAGAAGAAAAGAAUAUAUCACGAUAUAUAUCAUUACCGCAUGUGCUUCAAAUUAUACCGCGAUAUGGAUUUUAGGCCAUAUUGCCCAGCCCUACAACACGGUCAACAAUUUACUUACUCCAUGCAGGAGAGCCAACACACAUCAAAUGUCACAGUUCACAAUCAUGAGAGCUCUAACCUUGGCAGCGUCCCUUUUAUACCCUCACACAAAACUCUCUGUAUCUUUCAGUUACCACAGGGUUUUGUCCCACUGGCUGCUAUCUUUCCCCAGGAACCUCCUGCACUUGUCUUCUUGGGAGUUUUGUCCUGCAACAGUUAGCAGGGAUAAAAUACAUAUCUGCAAUUUUUGUGUCCCAGCUGAGUAACAGGAGGAGGAGAGUCUGGUGGAGCAGCAGAGAAACAAUUUCAGCCAUUUGGACUCAGCUCAGCCACUACAGAGGAAACAAUGACUUCAACACAAAAGGACCAACAUGUAAUGAGAAGUCAGCGCUCUCAGGAGACCGACAAACCUUACCGAAAAAAGGGGCAGAAAAAAUACAGCUGUGAUGAGUGUGGAAAGGAUUUUACCCUUCUUGGAAACUUUAAAGCACACCAACUCGUCCACAGUGGAGUUAAAGCAUACAGCUGUGACUUGUGUGGAAAGUCUUUUGCCCGGGCUGGAACCUUGAAAAAACACAAAGUCAUCCACAGUGGAGUUAAAGCAUACCGCUGUGAUGAGUGUGGAAAGUCUUUUACCCAGCUUGGUCACUUAAAACAACACCAACUUAUCCACAGUGGAGUUAAAGCAUACAGAUGUAACUUGUGUGGAAAUUCUUUUACCCGGGCUGGAACCUUAAGAAAACACCAAGUCAUCCACAGUGGAGUUAAAGCGUACAGCUGUGACUUGUGUGAAAAAUCUUUUAUCGAUGCUGGAAGCUUAAAAAAACACAAACUCACCCACAGUGGAUUUAAAGCAUACCACUGUGACUUGUGUGGAAAAUCUUUUACUCAGGCUGACAACUUAAAAACACACCAAGUCAUCCACAGUGGAGUUAAACCAUACAUUUGUGACUUGUGUGGAAAAUCCUUUGCUCAUCCUAGAAGCUUAAAAAUACAUCAACUUAUCCACAGUGGAGUUAAAGCACACAGCUGUGAUCAGUGUGGUAAAACGUUUGCUCACAGUUGCAACUUACGACGUCAUCAAGAUACCCACUCUGGAAUUAAGGCAAAUAGCUGUGACAAUUGUGGUAAAACCUUUAGUAGUAUGAGUUACCUAAAAAGACACCUACGCAUUCACACUGGACAUGAUGUUUACUGCUGUGAUCAGUGUGGGAAAGUCUUUACAACAGCCACACAGUUACGUCACCAUACAUUUACCCACACUGAAGAGAGACCUUAUAAAUGUGACCUGUGUGAGAAGACUUUUAAAGCUCCACAUUCUCUGAAAGGGCACCAGCAGAUCCACACCAGAAGGAAACUCUAUAAGUGCAGUUACUGUGAGAAGCAGAGUGACACAGAUGGAUCCAGUUCUCAACCCUGUCGCCACUGUGGUGGUGGGAAAGAGUUUCGCUGUGACCUUUGUGGAAAUGCUUUCAGUAAUCGACAGAGUCUAAAUCGACAUCGGCGUAGACACACUGGAGACAAAAUGAACUACUGCAAAGAAUGCGGGAGAGGCUUCACCACAUCAAGUGAUUUAAAAUGCCAUGAACUCUACCAUAGUGGGGUUAAAAAGCACGUCUGUGACCAGUGUGGGUCAUCCUUCACCGCUGCAGGUGACCUUAAAAAGCAUAAGCGAAUCCACACAGGAGAGACACCAUAUAAGUGCAAACACUGUGACAGAAGCUUUUCAUAUGCAGCGAGCCGUAACCAACAUGAACUUACACACAUGGAAGAGAUAUUUAGCUGUGACCAGUGUGACAAGAGCUUUAGGAAUUUCACUUCAUACUCCAGACACAAACAAGCCCACGCUGCAAAUAAACAGUUUCACUGUUACCAAUGUGCCAAAGCAUUCACUUCAUUAUCUGCUCUGUGCAAACAUCAGCGUGAUCAUGCAGAACUGAAAUCACCAGAUCACAAAGAAUCUGAAGAGACAGAAAGAUCCUCUUCUGGUUUCAGGGUCAGACUUCAAAACCUUGAGAUCAGGCUCCACAGAGUUCAGAUGGAGUCUCCUGUAAAGAUUGUCAGCUGAUGUCACACUUGGAUCUGAUGAGGUAGCUCUGAUUUUUGGACCUGCAGUGAAUGUUAAAUUAAUGAAGCUGUAAGUAUAGAUAUGUACAUGAAGUUUAUUUUCCCUUGAGGGAAUUUUAAUGUUGUAAAUUUUCAUCCCUGAUACAUUUAAAUGUUUCUUCCCUUAGGAAACCGUAGUGUUUAGUAGUUGUACCUUUUGCUACAUUAUAGAAGUUAUAGGAAUGUGUUUUACCAAACUUGUAUUGUAUCAAAACUGCCCAUUUGAAUAUAUACAUCAGUUCUUUUCAUUUUAACUUUCUUCUUCUUUUCCAAAUAUAACUUGCUUUCUCUAUGUAUUCAGUUUAUGUAUUACUUCAGUUACAUUUUAAUCAUUUUUCAUAUUUAUUCUUCUGCUUUGGUAAUCCCUGCUCUUAAAUCUUUUUCUUUCAAAGCUUCAAAUAAUUUCUCACCAGUUGCUCCGAAAGCUUCCAAAAUGAACUAAAUCUAUCAACCGGCAUUCAAACAAUAACUACUAUUGAUUUUUUUUUUUUAAGUUAUUGCAUUUUAAUCCACAUGUUCUGCGGCUGUUUUUCCUGUAGAUUUGAAGUUUGCAUUACAAAAUCCUGAUACUGUUAAAGCAUUAGUUAUAUUUGAUGAAUUAUGUGUAAAGUUCUUAUUAAACAGUUUGGUGUCAAAAAUAAAGAACUUGUCUCACAACAA